AGCGCGUAAACCGUAUCCCUUCAUUCAUCAGGCCGUUUCCUGAAGCCAUUUCUAGACGGGGGAAACGGGAGUUGCGCUACUUUUUAAUCCGUUGCAUCUGCCUAAAUGCACCUUCUCAAGGAAAAAUACUUUGCAAAAGUCGAUGAUUCAGACUUUCAUCUUUACUUCUGUCCGAUUAUUUUUGUGACUAUUGCUACGGAUUAGCAGCCAUAAGGGCUUAAAAGUACGGAGACAAGAAAGGGGUUACCCCGAGUACGCAAGAUGAGAAGAGGGAUCUCCUCGGCUCCGGACAAAGUGAUUUUAACGGGGGUUGGGAGCUCUCCUUUGGACAAUAAUAUAAUUUUAACAACUCUAUCGGAUCGUUUAAACCCCGGUCAAUCAAACGCUACCUUUAUCCAAAUAAUUACCACCCCUCCGCCUUGCAACGUUACACAGACAUCAAAUGUGUGUUUAUCCGAACCUCAGAUAAACAACAUUUACACAACUCCACAACAAGCUGCAGCAAACGGAGCAGGACAACGACCCGCUCUUGGGAGACCACCGGCUAAAAGGCGGUUGGCGCUUGAUGACUCAGACCACCAGUACCAAUCAGAACCAGUCAGGACACCAAGGGGCAGAGGAGGCGCUGCGGUGGCCAAUGGAGCAAGGAUAAAGACACCCAGAACCCCAAAGUCUCCACCAGAGAAAACCCGGUAUGACACUUCUUUGGGCCUGUUAACAAAGAAGUUUGUGGACCUUCUUGCUCAGUCUGCUGAUGGUGUUUUGGACCUCAACCUUGCAGCAGAAACUUUACAGGUACAGAAAAGGCGGCUCUACGAUAUCACAAAUGUACUGGAAGGUAUUCAUCUCAUCAAGAAGAAGUCAAAGAACAACAUUCAAUGGAUGGGCUGCAGUCUGCUGGAGGUAGAGGGAGCACUGAGCCAGAGACAGAGACUUACAGCAGAAGUUUCUGCUCUGGGAGAAGAAGAGCACAGGCUUGAGCAACUCAUUCAGAAAUGCAGCCUGGACAUGAGACACAUGAGCGACUUGCAGAACAACCAGAAAUAUGCCUAUGUAACGUACCAAGACAUCAAACAGCUGGGAAACCUCAGAGAUCAGACUGUUAUCGUCGUCAAAGCGCCCACAGACACCAAACUUGAAGUUCCAGACCCUGACGAGAGUUUAUCCAUCCACCUGACCAGCACUAAGGGUCCCAUAGAAGUCCUACUGUGCCCCGAUGAGGAGAACGACUGCAGGAGUCCUGUAAAACACCACAAUACAGACAUCAACGGAAACUCACCUUUCCUUAAAGUCCUUCAAGACUCUGGCUGCACAACCACUUCUACCAGCCCUUCCCUGGCUCCACCCUCCUCUUCCUCAGCUGUCUCCGUCACUACUCUCUCCCCCCUUUCGUCUCCUUACACCAGUCUUCUACAGCAGACAGAGGACCAGAUCCCUUCAUCUCUGGGACCUUUCUUAAAUCUAGGGCCUCCUCUCCUAGACCAAGACGACUACCUUUUAGGAUUGGGAGGUGACCAAGGAAUCAGCGAUUUGUUUGACGCCUGUGACUUUGAUAAAAUACCUUCUCUUGAUGAUCUCCUGUGCAGCUAGCAUUAGGUAAUAUACACUUCAGAUUGAGAACAUGAGAAAGAGAUGGGGAAUAAGUCUGGUUUUGUUGCCCGUGACUGUAGAUAGUGGAAGCCAAUUCUAAAAAGAUAAAAAAGAAAUAUUGAGGGCUUUUAUCGGUCCCAGUGGGACUAAAAUGCCAGGUUUUUUCAUAAUAUUGGGAAAAAAGUUAUUGCAUGAUUUGACACCAGGACACCACUGAUCAGUGCUAAGACAUCCAACACUUUUCAUCUCAGGCUGGUAGGCCUCCAGUGUAGCUUGUGACUUUAGGGACAUCAUAAAGCAUUUGCUGUCUGAAGGAAAGUAUGAAUGGUAAGAGGUAGAAUAUCCAUCUUUAGGGAGACACAGCAUCAAGGAAAACAACCACAGAACACCUGGCAGUAACACACAUAAAGAGUAAUUAGGAAAAAUGAAAUGCAGCUAAGAUGCUCAGAUAGCUGUUGGUAAGAAGAAGUCAAGAUUUUCUGUGCAUUCUUACAAAUGCAUUUUCUUUUCAUCCAGUUGCCUAUCCUACAACGUAUCCUUGAAUUUGAGACGUGUUAUGCCAAGUGUUGUGAGGUCUUUAUUUUCUUAUUGAUUGCAUCUUAUGACAAAUGUUUUCUGGACAUUUUUUGGUCUAAAUGUAAAAUCAGAACUAAUUAAAAAAACAAAAUAGUGAAGUACAACACACACACCAUUAUUCAUAACUUGCAGUUUAACAGUAAGACAGGAUGCGCUUACUCACACACUUUUCAAGCUCUGUUUUAGCACUAUUUGGCCUUAUAAUGACAGUAUAACUAAGAGUGUGAAUAUUUGUACAUUUUAGAUGUGUUGUGCAUCACAGGAGGUUAUAAACAGUUUGGAGUCCACAUGAUACAGUGAUCUAGUUUAACAAACUGAAAAAGGAGAAAUGCUUAUGGCUAGUAGUUUUAUUAGUUUGAUCCCCAUGUGCACAGUUUUGCUCUUGUGCCUAACGCCAAUAUUUACAGAGAAAUGAACAGGUAAGACUAUAAAGGGACCUUUGUUAACCUGUUGACUUUUCAGAUAGAUAAUCAACUUGUUGAUUACGUGGGCAAUGUCACAUUUUGUAAUAAAAUAAGAAAUGGUUAAAUGAUUUUCUUAAGUUUACCCUUGCAAUUACCAUGUAUGAAUGGCACAGAGGAGGCCAUCAUACCUGGACAGUGUGGUGUUAAGCCAAAACAGCUGAUGUUUAAAUACUGUCUCCUACUGGAAAUAUUUAUUAAUGCUGAGUGAUUUUCAAACCCACACUUUCUCUUAGAGCUUUCUUUAUCCCUUCAACUUUCAUUGGCCAAAUUUGCCUUGACCAGAUUCCCCCAGAUGUUUCCUACUUUCACUCUGUGCUGUGAAGUUAAACUGGUUAGAGCUAACCAUUAAACAAUGACUUAAACCACUCACAAAUGCACACUGCCUACUUGGUGUGUACGAAAAGAAGCUAAGGAAAGAAGAUAAGUGCAUAUUCUUUUAAGAUUUCAUAAAUGUUGAAUUUUAAUGGAUUUUAAAACUGUAGAAGUAACUAAUGAUAUCACAGUCGUCUAAGCAACAAGGGGCCCCUUGUUGGCAACUUAUUUAUGCUUUAGCAUGUCAUGAAGGGCUUUCUCUUGUCUAGGUUAUUUAAAAAAUAUGAAAAAGGGUAAAAUGAAAAAAAAAAAUAUUUGCUUGUAGUGGGAGAAAAAACAGUGCAACACUGCUGCGUUGCAUAUAAUAAAGUCACACAUUGACUGAUCAGGAAAAGACAGCAAGAGGACCUGGUAAUCCAAGAGCUGUAGUGACUUCAUAUUUCCCUCCCAAGUUUUUGAAGCCUAAAUUCUGUUCAUCUCUGAUGGCAUCUUAUAUUUGAUUACAUCCCUGGUCAUAAACAUCUGAAAUCCUGGCUUUUAAACGAGAUACACCUGCUGCUGCAGGAGAUAUUGCUGCUGUUAAUGUUAACUUCCCCCCUGGCUUGACUGAUGUUCGCUUGAGUAAUUGCGUGUGCAGCAUGUGUGAGAUAUGUCAAAGAUCCAGCUUGCUAAAGAGUAAGCCUGCCAUGUGUAAAUUGAUGUACAGUUUUCUAAAAAUUUUCAGUGCACAAGGUACUGUAGGCUACCUCCCACUAAAUGUUGGACGAUAGUAAUAGGGCAUAAAUGCCAUAGUGUGUAUGAGUCUUUCAAUUCCCUUUUGUCAAAAAAAAAAAAAAAAAUCUUCUAUUAUUUCAAUGUGAUGUUGGAUUUUACAUCGCACUUUUUCCUGACUUGUGCGAGGUUCCACUCAUGCCAUGAUUUAGAGAGAAGUUUGCAUUUGCUCUUUAAACAAUCUCAUGCAUCUUGAAUUAAAAGAUUUGGAUGCACAGUUGUUGGAAAGAGAAGUGUACAAAUUUAAUGUUUGUUUUUCAACCUUUAUCAUAAGUUAUUUUUUGUCAGUGUUGUCUUAUGAUUUGGUAAAAUGCACAGCAUCUCUUGGAUACGAAUGUAGUGCGCAUUUGGAAAUGCAUGCAUGCAGUCUUUCGUUCAUUGGCGGCCCAUCUAUCCUUUCCUGGUUAAACUGGUCAUUUCAUUUUCUCCAUACACCACUGGACAUGGAUCAGUGACUUCAGUCUAAUGACGGUGUAGAGCGCUUUGCUUCUGUGACACCAUGUGUCUGUAUUGUGUUGAUUUAAGGGAGUCUAACUUUUGCAUUUCUACCACCUUCACUAUGAUGGAGCAAAGAUUCAAACCACUGAACGUAGUUUUCAUAUUUAUAUCAGUGUGUUUUGGAAGUAUUUAUGGAAAAGUUAAACCUGAUAUCUGAUCAAUUUGGUUCACUAGCCACUGUUGUGACCAUUUACAAAAGUAAAUUAAUUUUCUGUCACCUUAUUGUAAGCAGCCAGAAUCUGGUCUCAAUGUUUUAGCCACUUUUACACAAUGGUAACUAAUUCUCUUGGAAACGAUGUACCUUUCAAUCGAUUUGUAAUAGUGUAAAAGAUUUUAAUUCACUGCUAUCGCUAGCAGCAUUGCAGGUGAAUGAAAACGUAUUGGGAGUGAAACUUCAAAUUACGGCUUCUUUAUUUGUUAUGUUUGAUUCUGAUGUGUGAUAAGACCUUAAAGAACGUUCUCAUUAGGCUUGAUGUGAUGUUUAAUGUAGUUGAGAUUGAAACAGAAUUGCUAUGUCUAUUUUCCUCUGCUUACUCUUAAGCUGUUACCAAAUAUGAUAUGCUGAUCUGUAAAGGUUUUGUAAAAUGUUAACUAUUUGGUAGGAAGGAACUGACCAUGAAAUUAAGAUAUUGCUGCCUAUUUACACUGAUGACAAAAAACAGUUAUUACACAUCACCCUUAUUGAACACAUGAGUGAAAGUACCAUUGUGCUGUUGAAUGUUUGAGGUAAACUAAUGUGAUGAAUUUUGAUGUGUUAUUCAGUUAUACAGUUUUGUUUAACAUCUGUUAAAUGAGGAAUUAUUUGGGGGGGUGAUAAAAGGAUCUGUUUUUGUACUAUGGGUGUUUGUAAUUGAAAUUUGAAUAAAGGCAA